AUGGACGCAACGCAAAUGGCAUCCGCCGAGGAGAAGAAUAGGGAGCAGCAGAUCCUGGCAGCUAAGAAGAAACUGAAGUCUUUCCGCGCCAAACAGGCCCAACAGACCCGAACGAAGCCAGCAUCGCAACAGCUCACACCAGUGAAAGCCAAGCGUAUCUCAACUAACAUCGCAAUCGCCGUCGAAUCCGAGAUCGUCAGGGCCGCCGAAGAGUCACAUGCUCAUGCACGGCAACCCUCAGGAUCAGCCGCGUCUGUCUUCAGCAUGCCGCCAGCGACCCCUGAACAGCCCGAGGGUAGUCAAAGUCGUAGAGCGUCACGCAUGGGACAUGGUAGGGGCCACUCAAGAGCAGGUUCGAUCUCGAUCACUGCGGACAGCAUGGCGGCCACUGCAGCCGCUGCCCUUCAUCAGAGCUUGCAGGCCUCGCACCCCCCGUCGAGCAGCAAUCGACUAUCGUCCCAGGGCCUAACAUUCUCACGGCCCAGCUCGAUCAUCGCCCACAAGCCUGCUGGUCCGACGGCAAGUAGCAGGCCGCACACCAGAAGUCAUUCGAGAUCGGGUUCAAAGGCCAAUAUCCGCCCGCCGAGCGUGCUCAUGUCGGGCCAGACUCCGAUGCUGCUGGCGGCCGAGUAUGGGCCAGAUGCAUUUGGGGGACCUGGAAAGCAAGCAGACUGGGCCGACAUCGAGGAGAAUAGGCCAUCGCUCAAAGCCGAAAGCAGGGAUCGGCGUUCGAUAGCGACUGCACUCACACCUACCAUGCCUCUCGGCAGCUUCCCCACAUCGGACUCGCUGUUCUCAAUGGCAAGCAACGAUUCUGCCUCAGCUUCACCGGCCAAGCAGGCUCGCCGCCAGUCCCGCCAUGCUCGCAAUCCGUCUCUGUCGACCAAGCGGGAGAGCAUGGAGAUGAUGGGAGGUCUGGGAUUCCCCGCGGCAAGCUCUCGGGACUCUCUCUUUGGUAAUAACCGCGCCAGCCGACAGCUCAAUUUCCAGAAUCGUCAAUCUGGGAUACAGGCUGCCAGCGUUUUGUUCGGUGGAGCCUCAGAUCCGCGAAGGAGCGUUGCAGCAGAUCUUGAUUGGCGACGAGCCUUUCAGUACCCCGACAAUGACAUCGUCGCCAGCUCGGACGAUCGUCUCACUGCGCUUGAAAAGCUCGAAGGGAAGACCAUCGAGCCGCUACCAGCAAGUAUUUUCGGUCGAUCUACAAGCGACCAGCACCUUAAUCAAUCAGCUGCGCGGAGGAUCAGUCAAACGCAACCUCGGCCGAGUAGUGUCCAAUUGCCCUCCUUCGAUGACAUCCACGGCUCUGAAGGCAUCGACAAGCCUUCUAGCACACACCUACUCGCUGCAAACGAGCGCACAACUUUGGAAGAGAGAGGACCGUCUAGCCCAAUGCCUGCCUGGCUUGCUCCCCCUGCUUCCCCUGGCGGACGUUCAACACCUGAUAUGGCCGCUUCGAAAAGUCCUAAGAUCCGCCCACCAUCAGUGUAUGGCAGUAUAGAGCCUGCUCAGCCAGAAGGUUUGGGCACCCUUGUUGAGGAGGAAGAGGAGGACGACAGCUCUGUGGUGUCGCCCACGGUGGGCAUCAUGCGCGAAGAUGCCUUCGAUACUGGCAAGAGCGCCGUUGAAGACGAAGAGGCGCAAAGGCGUCGCAAAGAGGUUGAAGAAGAAACGAUCAAGAGGACUCGUCGCAGCAGUCUGCAACCGCGACCAUUGAAGCUCAAGAGCAGACCAGCCAGUCUCUUCGUUCCUCCCUCAGUGCAACAGAAGCUGGCUUUCUCUACGAGCCCGAGUCUCCAAAGCAUGUCUGAGCUCGCAGAGACCAACGACAGUGACGCAGAUGGGCCUCUGACAGAAAGUGCAACAGUGACACCCAAGUCAGCACAAGUGGCGACAAUGGCGUCUGAAGAGCAACCAGGUCAGCUUGCUAGAGAGUGGUCCAUGACGGCAGCGCAAGCACGUAACGCAUCACCCACGAGCAGCAAGCCCGGCAUGCGAGCCUUGCGUUUGGGCAGUCAAGCAGCAGCCAUUCCCUCCUCGGCCGUGGAGGAGCCAUUUUCCAGCGGGUCCGACCAGAUGUCUAUCUUGGCCCGGAAGCGGGCCAGCCUGCUCUACAACCAUUCUGUCUCGGGAUCGAACUCUUCUCAUGAUGACACGAUGUCGUCUCCUGCGACACCUCUUUCUUCGACCAACUCUCGCAGGCGAAGUGCAAUGAUGUACAAGCCGACAACAGCGGACCCUUUUGCGCUUCCUAGCUCCUCCUCCGGUCUAGAGACUGCGAAGCUGUCUGCUGAGAUCGAAGAGCUGAAGACAAAGAGCCUCAGAGAUUCGCAAGCGACGGAAGCUCUGCGCUCUCAAAUUGAGUCACUGACUUCUCAGAUGAGCGCUCAAAGUGAGCGCGCAUCCACGGAGUACUCUCGUCUGGAGCAGUGGAGUGCGCAGGAGAAGCAGACGCUUGAAGACCAGACGGCCUCUCUGGAGGCAGCAGUAGCCGAAAAGGCGGCUGCUCUUCAGCAAGCGACGGACGCACUGGCUGAAGCUCAGCGUACCUUGCAGAAGGCUCAAGAGGAGGCUCAAGAACGGAUGGAGGACCUCGAGGCCGAGAGGGACAUGCUCGUAGAGGAUGUCGAAGGAUGGAGAACGCGAUGCGGUGACCUUGAGAAGUCACUGAAGACCGAUCGAGCAACCCUCGAGGGCGAGAGAGCCUCGAACGCCGCUCUUCAGAUUAGGGUGCAGGUACUGACGAACAAGCUCCGCGAGGCUGGCAUCGAUGCUACUGGCGACACCCUCUCGCCCGAAGAGCAGCUCGGUCUCUCGGCAGAUCUGAUGACUGCACUGAAGACUCCCGCAUCUUUCGAUGCUGGCAACACAAGCUCGAGCAGCUACUUCUCACCGCGCAUCGCAGCCUCUGACCCGCCUCCUCAGGCUGUCAAAUUACUCAAGGACAUGCGUCAGCAGAUCUUCAAUCUGGCUGGAAGCCUCGAGCACGAGAGAAAAGAGCACGUCGAAGCUCAGAAACUUGCUGACGAUCUCAAGGCAGAGAACGAGAGGCUGAAGGCGGCACUGGAGCAGACAACCACUAUGGCUGCCGAGAAUGAGCAGCCUCGCCAAGGCCCUUCGGUCAAAGCAGUUGAGGAGGAACAAGAGGACCAGGAGGUCCUGUCCACAAUGCCGUCCCCGAUCGAGGUAUUGCCGAAUUCUUUCUCCAUGGAGCGUCGGCCGAGCGGUCCUGGCAGCAAGAACAUGCGACACGUCUUCGCCUAUGACUCAAGCAUGGGCUCAGCAGACCAGAGCAAUUCAAGCAUGGGCAGUGGUGCUACAAGCAUGACCAGUGUGAUGGACUCUUUUGCGCCCGAAGACAAGGACGCAGACGAGUGUGGAGAGCUGAGCGACAAGAUUCUGCCAUUGGGUGGCCUGCAACCUCUCCUUGAGGAGGAAGAAGUCGUUCCUGCAGCGAUCACAGAAGAUGAAAAGAGUGAGGUCGUAGCGGAUGAGGAGGUCACUCACCUGACUGCAGAGCGAUUGUCGCUGAACGCAAGCAGUAUCAGCAACUUCGAUCUCGAGGCUGGUGGUGAGGCAGGUGACUGGGCCGACGUAGACGAAGAGGAGGAGCAGAAGGUCGUCGAGGUCGAGACAGCGCCUCGCUACUCUUCUGACGCUGAGGAAGGUCCUUGGCAAAACGAAAGCACUCCUGAGGCAUUCCAGACGCCCGCUAUGGAACCCUCUGCGACAUUCGGCGACGUUGAUCUUCAGAAGACUCCUACUGUUGCUGUGAAUGGCAGACUUUCUUCCCUGGAAGACCUCUCGAGCACCUCCGACGCCGGUCUGCACCGCUCGAGCGUGGUGGCUUCUUCAACCAAGAGUCGCAGUGUAGGGUCAUCGCUUUCAAAUGUUGACAUAGAAGCCGCUGCCGCCGCACAAGACGAGAACAGCGACGAGUCGGACGAAGCAAUCGACGAGGAAGACUACGACGAAGAGGAGGCUGUGCGACUGGACGCCAAUAGGCCCGAGUUCAUCCGAGACUGGUCCUUCCAGGAGGCUCUUCACGCAGUCAAAGCUCGUCACAGUGGCAAGUUCAAAAGAGCUGCGAACGUUCAGGGCAGCAAGCUGGGCUUCCAAGACGUCAGUGGACUUCGACGUCGCAAACCUCGUCAGCCAAGCAUCGAUGAUUUUUUUGGCCUGCUUAUGUGCGAGAAGCUCGACCCGCUUCCUCCUCUGCCGACGACGUACGCAUCCCUUGACAUGCCACCCGUCUACGUCGAGCACUACUAUGAGGAGCCACAGGCACCAACAUAUGGCGAAGCCAUGAGUGGGUCAGUCUUCGGUCGCCGGAGCCCAAGUGGAGCAAGCACCAGCUCCAGUGGGAGCGGCAGCGCCGUGUCCAGUGCUCGUCAGCCUUCCAUCUUCGGCUUUGGUAGCGCAUCAAAGAGUCGUCCACCUGUCGCCCGAAGUGCCUACAUCCGCGAUUCAGUCUCCUCUUCAGACUCUGGACCCAAGUCUUCCAACAACAGUGGGCGUGGCAGCUUGGUAGACUACAGCAGCUCAGUCGCAUUAGGUUCCACUGCCAUUGCUCGGAUGAGUCUUCAGAGCCUCUCUUCGGCCUUCAGUGGACUGGGAGGCUACCUCGCUGGUCAAUCGGGCGCUGCUGUGCACGCUGCUGCUGCUGCGACUACGAUGUGCAGUAAGAGCGAUUAUGUCUCGGACAGUCGCAAUCCUAGCGUGAGUUGGACCGUCCAGCCUAGCCGCCAGAUCGAAGGCCUAUAUGGCGAAGACAGCAAUGGGAAUGCUGUCCGUGGUGAGCCUCGUCUUCCAUCGGUCCUCAAGCCGGUGGCAGGUAUGAAUGGAGGCGCUAAGAGGUACAGCUCCACCCCGAUGAGCUCCACCCCUCUGAAGAGCCGCCUCUCGGGCCCGCCGACGCCACGACAGCAAAAGGGUCUCUCUCAGCAGCAACAGGAGCAAAUCCGCAAUGCUACAGGUCAGCGACAGUCUCAGCUGCCAGCAAAGGUAGCCCCUCGUCGUUUUAUCAGCAAGGAGACGGUUUCGCAGCCCUAUGCCAGCCCCAUCUGGUCCCUGGACUUUAUCAAGAGUACGGAAUCGACGGGCGCUGCGGAGAUCUUCAGCAUCUAA